AUGAGUGGCAGUGAAGAAACUGUUGAAGUUCUUAUUUCACAUGGUGCGAAUAUCAAUGAAAAAAAUGAUGAUGGCAAAACAGCACUUCGUUGUGCAAUGUAUUAUAAUAAAAAAGAAACGGCUGAAGUUCUUAUUUUACAUGGUGCCAAAGAAUAA